AUGGACUUCGAUAACGAUUUAGGGGGAUCUGUGUGGGGUGAUGGCACCGAGGACAAUCCAUUCAAUGAAUUGAGCCGAACCUUUGCUAAAAUUGGUGAAGUUAGUGAUGAAAAUAAUCAAGAACAAACUGGAGAUACGGAUAAACAUGGCGAUGAAGCAUUAUUCAGCAGACAAUGGGAUUCUUCAGAGGCACAGGAGAAUGUUAGUAAUGACCAUAAAAAUGAUUUACCAUUAGAUAUAACCCCUUUGUCUUUUCACGAAUCCAGUAAUGCUCCCAGGACUGACACAUCAGAGUUAUUGGGAUCUUUAGCACCUGAACAGGACCCUUUACACGAGUUAACACAGACUCACUUGUUAGUAUCUCCGCAAAAAAACGAUCCGCUAUUUGGGGGUCUUGAUAAUUCACCAUUGCGUAUCGACGAUGAUGUUCAACGAAAUGAGACGACGGCCUCUGGACCACACUCUCCAACAGUUUCGAGGACAGGAAAGUUGAAUAAAUUAUUCUCCAGUGCAAGGGUUCGCAGAAAUCCAAGCAAAACUCAAGAAAAGAGUAAAGAAACCUCUAUUCACGACCCUUUGGUGGAAAGUCUAGCUGAAAAGGAGAAGAAUGAACAGUUUGUCGAGGAAUCAUUAAAUGACGACGAAACAAGAGACGUAAAACUCUCAUUAGAGCAACAGUUAGAGUCUCCCCUAUUCAUGAUUCCAGAUAGGAAAUCUGCAUCAUUACUCGAGAGUAAUAACCGUGGUAGGAGUGAUAAUGCAAAUAGCAACAAUGCAUCAUCAGUAGCGACACGUAACGAACCUGAAGAGAAGUUCGAGAUUGCAGUUAUCAACCCCGUAAAAGUUGGAGAGUUAACAUCUGCUUAUGUGGAAUACACUGUGGUAAGCAAAGGGACCCCACUUGAAAAUGCUGAAUAUAGAGUCCAAAGACGUUAUAGAGACUUUAGAUGGCUUUAUAGGCAACUCCAGCAUAAUAACUGGGGCCACAUAAUUCCACCACCUCCUGAGAAACAAGCAGUUGGUAGAUUCAAACAAGACUUUAUUGAAAAUAGAAGAGCUCAGAUGGAGAGAAUGCUACAGCAUAUUGCUAAUAGUCCUGUAUUGCAAAAGGACAGUGAUUUUAUUCUCUUUUUAACUUCUGAGCAAUGGAGCCAAGAAUCAAAAUUAAGAGAACAAAUUUCAGGCUCAAAGGCUUCUCAUGACAGUAAUGACAUAUCUGAUAUUCAUAUUUCAGAAAUUAAGCUUUUAGGUCCUGAGGAUGCUGAAAGAGUUUUAAAGAGUGGAGGAUUGGACACCGAUACGGGAUCAGGCUUUAUGGGUCUAUCCUUUGCAUCUGCCCCCAAAUACAAAGAACCUGAUCAGUUCUUCAUUGAAACUGCGCAGAAAACUGACAUUUUAGAAGAACAAUUGAAACAGCUAUACAAGGCAUUAGAACUUGUAGAUUCACAAAGAUCUGAUUUAUGUUCUGUAAUCAACGAAUUCAGUGACACGUUGAACAUAUUGGCGGAUCUAGAACUUUCAAAGAAAACAUCUGAAAUUCUCAGAAAUUUUGCGGAAGUUCAUUUGCGUAUAAAAGAGUCCACUUCAAGAAGCUCAAUGCAGGAUUCCUUGACUCUUGGUGUAACUAUUGAUGAUCAUCUAAGAACAAUAGGUAGUGUGAAAGCUAUUCUCAACCAAAGAAGCAAAAUUGGGUACUAUCUGAUUUUGGUCGAGAACGAAUUGAAUAAGAAAAAAGCUCAAUUAAACAAAAUCUCUGACAGAUCUGCCAAUGUAGAGAAAGCAAAGAUAAUAGAAAAUGAACUAGGCAUCUGUAAUGCACGCUACAAUAAGAUAAAGAAGGAGUGGCAAUCGAUUGGAGAAGUAAUAAGAAAGGAGAUAAACCAAAACAACCUAGAAACUGUCGAGGAUUUCAGGAACAAUAUGGAAAUAUAUCUAGAAUCAGCUAUCGAAAGCCAAAAGGAAUGUAUUGAAAUAUGGGAAACUUUUUAUCAAAAUAAUUUGUAA